ACAAUCCCGCCUCUUCUCCUUUCUUUUCACUCUCUUGUCCAGUGUGCAGUGGAGAAACUCCACUCUUCCUCCUCUCCAAUUAAUUUAAAUUAAAACACCCAACGAGAUGGUGGAGUUCAUGACCAACUGGUACAUCACGGCCACGCUGGGCGAGGGGGCCUUCGGAGAGGUGAAGCUCCUCCACAACACGGUCACCAACGAGUCCGUCGCCCUGAAGAUUUUGCACUUUCACGAGGAUGCCACCGCGGAAACUGCGACCACAACUUCCCCCACGGAAACAACAACGACCACCUCUCUCCAAAAACAGGAAGCCGAAAAACUGAUAAAAAAAGAAGUCUCCAUCCACCAGAAACUCUCCCACGAGAACAUCGUGAAAUUCCACGGGUCCCGGAUGGAGAACAACGUGUGGUUCCUGUUUCUCGAGUACUGCGACGGUGGGGAGUUGUAUGAUCGCAUUGACCCCGACGUUGGCCUCAUCCCCCACACCCUGGCGCACUCCUUCUUCUCCCAGAUAAUCUCCGGAGCGACGUAUCUCCACUCCCUGGGAAUCUGCCACCGGGACCUCAAACCCGAAAACAUCCUCCUCUCGGGGGAAAGGAUUAAAAUCUCGGAUUUCGGGUUCAGCACCAUGUACAGGAAUGAGGAGGGGGUGGAACGGUUGCUGGAUACAAAGUGCGGCACCGCGCCGUACCUCGCCCCGGAGGUUUUUUACAAUUCUAAAUACAAGGCCAUGCCCGUGGAUGUGUGGAGCGUGGGGAUCGUGCUGGUGGCCAUGUUGGGGGGUGAACUCCCCUGGGACCGUGCCGACCCCGCGACCUCCCCGGAAUACCGCUCCUGGCGAGAAUCCACCCCAACCUCGACUUCCCCAUGGAAUAAAUUCGACCUGGCGACUCUAUCAUUUUUUAAGAGAUUGCUCUGCCCGUUGCCAGGGAAACGGAUCACUUUCGAACAGAUUGCGGACCACGCGUGGAUGAAGAAGCGGUUGGCUAACAAGAGGAAGAAGGACUUCCACAUCCCCCCGCCCCCACUGACCCUAAAACGCUCCAAACCCAACACCAUCUCCACGACACAUCAAACCCUGCAGCACUCUCCAAUCUGCUGCCUCUCCCAACCCGACCCGAUCCUCAUGAACUCCAACCCCGAAUCUCUAUCACCCCAAAAACCCCAUGGCAACCAGAUUGACAUGACGAAAUUCUCCUUCAGCCAACCCGCAGCGAAUGAAAUAUUAUCCGAAGAAGUCGCCCCGUUGUCAAGGCGACUCGUCCACCGGAUGACACGGUUUUUCGUAAAGAAUAAUUCGAAAGAGUGCGUGAAAAUCGUGACGGGGGUGUUGGACGAGUUUUGCUACCAGUGGAAGGUCUUUCAAGAGGGGAGGACUGUGCAUGUGAUCACCAUAACAACGGUGGACCGCCGGAAGACCCCGCUGGUCUUCAAGUGCACGGUGAUUGAGGUUCAGGACAAGGGUGACGCGGUGCUGUUGGAUUUCCGUCUCUCCCGCGGGGAUGGCCUCGAGUUUAAGCGGCAUUUCCUGAGGAUUAAGGACUCGCUGAGGGACAUUGAGCUCAAAAUCGGAGCCCCUCUCAAUUGGCUCAUCCCGUUUUAAUUAUUUUCUUUUUGAGACUGAUUUUUUGAUAAAUUUUGUAAUGAAAUUAAUUAUUUUUAAUGGAAGUAAAUUAUUUAUAAAAAAAAA